AUGUCCUCUCCAUUUUCUGUGUUCUUCUUCAUGGCUGUCGGUCUUCUCGUUGACGCCUCUCCGUCAGUCUCUCCUGCUCCGGAGGUUGAUGUGGCAUCUCAGCUUCAGGAGGGGGCGCCGUCUUCAGACUGUCCGUCCUGCUCUCUGCUUCAGAAGAGGAUGAACUCGUCUUCAACAGGAGGACAGAGCGACAUGGUGGAGGCUGUGAAGCGUCACAUUCUCAAUAUGCUGCACCUGAGCACUCGGCCCAACCUGACACAGCCAGUCCCUCGUGCUGCAUUGCUCAAUGCCAUCAAGAAGCUGCAUGUUGGCCGUGUGGCUGAAGACGGCACCGUGGAGAUCCAGGAAGAGGCCCGGGGCCCCUGGGACCCAACACCAUCUGACCCACCAUCUGAAAUGAUCACCUUUGCAGAACCAGGAGACUCUCUGGACACAGUGACCUUUGACAUUUCGAAGGAGGGCAGCGCCCCGUCGGUGGUGGAACAGGCGAAUGUCUGGAUCUUCCUGAAGAUGUCAAUGGCCAAUCGAGUGAAAGGCAAAGUGACACUGCGGCUGCUCCAGCUUCAUCAUGAGGAUGACGAUGAGAAGGAAGAGUGUGUUUCAGAGAAGAUGGUGGACACCCGUCGCAGCGGCUGGCACACCCUUGCGCUCUCCCGCAGUGUUCAGACUCUGCUGGAUGGCAGCAGCAGCUUGCUCCGCCUGCAGGUCUCCUGCCCACUGUGCCCCGAGGCCGGAGCCUCACCGGUCCUCGUGCCCGGCAGGAGGGACCAGUCUCACCGGCCAUUCCUCAUGGUGGCACUGAGAGCUGAAGAAGAAGCAGCUCAGCGACGAGUCAAACGAGGUCUGGAGUGUGACGGGAAAAUACGCGUCUGCUGCAAACGACAGUUUUACGUGAAUUUCAAAGAUAUUGGCUGGAAUGACUGGAUUAUUGCUCCAUCUGGUUACCAUGCCAACUACUGCGAGGGUGACUGUCUAAACCAUAUGGCGGGCUUCAGCGGCUCAUCCCUGUCCUUCCAUUCCACGGUCAUCAAUCAUUAUCGUAUGAGGGGCUACAGCCCGUUUCAGAACAUGAAGUCGUGCUGCGUGCCCACGAGGCUGCGAGCGAUGUCCAUGCUGUACUACAACGAAGAGCAGAAGAUCAUCAAGAAAGACAUCCAGGACAUGAUCGUGGAUGAGUGCGGCUGCUCGUAA